CAUGGUAAUAAAAAUUAGCUCUAGAUUGUUAAUGAGAUCACAUUUUAUUUCCAUAUAAAUUUAAAUUCUAUUCAAACAUUUCGUUUUCAUCUCAUUUCAAAUGCUACUAUUACCUGAUUGUUAACGCCAUCUGAUAUCGUCUCAACUCACAACAAUUUGGCGCUUACAUUAUUUGACAUUUCUCCACACAAAUCGUAUACAAACGGACUUUCGCGUUAGCUGUAACAAUCAACAGGCUAAAGAGAUUUCAUAUCAACGCUCGAAUAUUUUCUAAAAAAAAGUUCAAUUUUAAUUUUAAAUCAAGAGAAAUAAUUGCAAAGAACAGAAUCCAAAAAUGCCAUUCAUUUCAAACGAUUUUGAAUGGAAAUUGGUUGAAGAUGACGAGCCAUACGACAAAGAACAAUUUGUUGUUGUGAGAAAACUCCAUGUCAAGCCAUACAAGUAUGGGCCAAUCAACGAAGUUUCGUUCGAUCUAAUUGAUCAACGCUUCCGGAAAUUCGGAGAAAUCGAAUCAAUCGAAAUUUCGCCUAACAAGAAAUCAGCGCAUGUUACAUUUUCCAGCAACUAUAGCGCGUAUUGGAUGCAAUUGAAACAUGAUUUUGACAAGAUGAUGGACCCAGAUAAGAAAAUGCCAUUCGAGAUUCGUCCGGCCAAUUCAUGGAAUCAACCAUCAGAAAAUGCCGUUUUGCCACCAUACCACGAUGUCGAUAUGGAAGGUGCAGUACCACCACCGGAAAUUUUCAUAUUGAACGAAGACUGUCUGUUGCACUUGUUCAAGUUUUUGGAUCUUGACUCUCUGGUCAAUAUGGCCUAUGUCUGCAAAAUGUUCAGAGAAUUGCUGGACACACACUGUUUUCCACAUAUUCGAAAAUUCGAAUUCAAAAGUGAGAACCAUUUCGACGGUUAUGAUCCACGCUUGUUCUCAAUGUCGUUGGUUAAAAUGCGUCGAACACUACGCUGCAUUGGUCCCUUCAUUACCGAUCUCACCUUUCAAUGUAACGCCGAGGAAAACAAUCGGACAAAAUAUUCGGUUUUUAAGCACGAUAUCAUCAGCCGAUUUUUAGAAGUAUUGGCUGAAAAAAUUGGGCCAAACAUUCGACGAGCGUGGUUUUCAGGAAUUUUGCUUUUUGAAGAGGAUGGUAUCUCAAGAAUUGCGCCCAUUCUACAUCAUUUGGAAAUGUUGAAAAUCGAAGGAAACUACAGCCAUGACGGCUACGCAGAUAUCGAUUUUCAAACAUUAUGCCCGAAUUUGAUUGAUUUUGAACUAAAUGCACCAGUUCCAAUGACGAAAACCGACAAACCGUGGAGUACAUUGCGUCGUUUGGCCUGCGUUUGGGAUGAAGAUAUGGAACCACCUGACAUGCAAUCUUUUUUUGAAUGGAAUCCACAGCUCACAUGCGUGCAAUUUCGAAUUUGGAGAUCCCUUGAUGGAGACAUUUCAGUGGCAGCCGUAAACUUGCCUCUUCUUGAGAAAAUUGGCAUAUACGAUGACUUUGAAAAUUUUUGCAUAAGUGGUCAAAGCAUCGCUUGCCUGAAUAGUCUUCAAUAUUUAAUGGAAGUAACCAUGCAUGAUUUGGAUGAAAAUUGUCUGGAAAGUGUUAUCGACUGUUUGAAAACAAUGGUUCGGUUACGGAAAAUACAUCUGCACUUGCACCCAAUUCAACCAAUUGAAUUCGAAGAGGAAUAUGAGCAGUCAUUGGUCAAAUUGGCUAGGCAACUUCCGAAUUUGGAACACUUCGCUCUAGAUGGUGUGACAAUAACCGAAGUAAAUUUGAUCAAAUUCGUUCGAUUUGCGAAUCAAUUGAAAACACUUAAGCUUUGUUAUUGCAAAGUGGGUUUUACGGAUAAAUUGAUCUUAAAACUGGUCAAAGUGUUGGAAUGCAAUCGAUCACAGCCCAGCGAUGCUUUGCUACUGGAAUUGGACCGUAAGGAAUUUGAAAAUUUAAACGUGAUUGAGAACGAGUCAAUGCGACCAUACCUCAAAAUCGAGCCCGUGAAGAGCCAAUGAAAAAAAAUAAGAAUUUCCCACAAAUAUAGUUCUCUUUCUUCACCGUUUUCUGUAUAUUCCACUCAAAAUUCAAAUAUGAACUGAAUAAAAAUCAAUAUGAAUGCAA